AUGUACGGCAUGACGAAAUGCUGUGUGCAUUUAUGCCCCGCCGGGACACCUGAUGGGUGGUUCUGCGAGGAGUGUGGGAAUCUGAGGCACGAGGAAUGUUUACAUCCGACCGCUCGUGAAGAGGCGUGGAUGUUUGGCUUUACAUGUGAACCGUGCCGAAUGAAGCUGUACUGUGUGGACGCCGACACGUUGCCAUUGCGUGAGACGACAGUUCAACAGACGCAGCCACACCAGACGCCGCCGCAACUGACGCAAACACACCAGACGCCACCGCAACUGAUGCAACCACACCAGAUGCCGCCGCAACUGACGCAACCGCACCAGACCCCGCCGCAACAGAUGCAGCCGCAACAGACGCAGCCACAACAGACGCAACCAUGCCAGACACCGCCGCAACUUACACCACCACACCAGACGCCGCCGCAACAGAUGCCGCCGCAACAGACGCCGCCAAAACAGACGCCAACACACCAGAUGCCGCUGCACCAGACGCAGCCGCAACCGACGCUACCACUCCAGACGCCGCCUCCGACGUCGCCGCCCCCAGCUGACCAGUGGAUUGCUGGUGCGACGUCGGGCAACAUCGUCAGCGAGACAACACACUGCGAGACUGCCGAUGCAAACCGGCCGUGCUGCCACGUCCACCAGAGGACAAAACAACACAAUAUCACCUGGAGGAACUACCCCGACAACGCCGCCCACAGGUGCUGA